AGCCGUUUUCAUUAUUUAUUUUUCAUUUUGCAAGUCUCUUUCACUCUUUGACCAUGAGGCACAUGUAUCUGCUGAGUCUGGGUCUUCUAGCACUGACAGAGAACAUCCUGAUGCAAACACCCUGUGGACGUGGAUAUAAGAAUCAAAGAAGAAAGUGUGUAGAUGAAAAUGAGUGUGAGUCUGAUCCACCCUAUUGUGGAAAAAAUGCAAUAUGUUUCAAUACUAAUGGAAGCUACUACUGCCGCUGUCAUGAAGGAUUCGCUCCAACUAAUAAUUUCACACAAUCGGAUGCAAUUGACUGCACAGACAUCAAUGAAUGUGUGAAUGGCAGCGCUGAUUGUGGCCCUAAUGCAAAAUGUAUAAAUUCUGAAGGAGGUUAUAAUUGCACAUGUCAAACUGGCUACAUUUCCAGCAAUGGAAAAGAGAUAUUUAAUUCAGGCCAAGGAGUUCAUUGUAUUGACAGAAAUGAAUGUGACGAUCCCAGUUUUUGUGGAAAACAUGCAACAUGUCAUAACACUGCUGGCAGUUUCUACUGUAUCUGUGCUGCAGGAUUCAGACUAAAGUCAGGAGAAACGAACUUCACUGAUAUAUAUAAAUCCUGCGAGAGUGUAUGUGAGAUUGAUAAAUCUAUAUGUGGAGGAGGAGUCUGCAAAAACAACAAAGACGGCCUUGAAUGUCUGUGCAGUUCAGGAUUCACUAACUAUGGUCACAAACGAAUGAAAUGCACAGACAGAAAUGAAUGUGACGAU